AUGGUGUUGGUGUGCUGGGAAGUAAAGUUAGUUGAUGGGGCAGGUAGGGAUGUGAGAGUGCGGCUAGCAUGCGCGGGCCGGCUGCAGACGCGGCAGACAGUGCGGCUCGCGCGGCGGCGGCGCCUGCGGGCGGCGCGGGGGCGCGCGCGGGGCGCGGCGGCGCGGCGGCGCGAUGCUGCGCGCCUCUCAGUCGAGACGCGAGGCCCGCCCGCCCUAGCCGCCCAGUGUCGACAUGAAGAACGAAGACGGAAGUGUGUAACGACUGGCGGCGAUCGGGGAGGCCACCGCGUUAACCCUGCCCGAAUUAGUGCACCGGACGAGACUAAAAUAGCGAGGCGGCGUGUACGGUUACAUGCGGCGCGUCAAUGUCGGCGCGCCGGCAGGCCGCGUGCUCCUCGGCGGCUCUCGGCGGGUAAGCUUACACUGCGUCUGAUUGCAGAGCGAGCUGAGGCCAGCCCUAUAUGUGGAGGCGGCGCUGCGGGCCCGCCGCCGCCGCCGCCGCCGCCCGGCGCCGCUCUCCGCGCCGCGCACGCCCUCGCACCUCGCACUACUAGCUAUUCCUGGAGUCAUCUGUUCCACUGUAUACGCUAA